UCAUGGAAUUGUUUCCUCGGUCAAUGACUUUUUUGUUAAUUUUGUUCAUUAGUUAUUUUUUUUGUCUCAGCAAAGCCACAGAUUGUGGCGGGAAAGAUGUUUCAAAUACCAUUACUGUUGGUCAAGAUGGCAAAGUAACAUUUAGAACAAUUCAAGCUGCCAUUGAUUCUGUAAAGAGUAACAAUGAUCGAUGGGUCAAGAUUCACAUAAAAGCCGGUACUUACAUAGAAAAAGUUCAAAUUCCUAUAGAAAAACCAUGCAUCAUUUUAGAAGGAGAAGGUAGUCAACGCACGAUCAUAAGUUUCUCAAACGACGACAAAACAAAGAAUAGUGCUAUAUUCAUUUCAUCGCCACCAAACAUCGUUCUAAGUGACAUCACUUUCAAGAACUCAUAUAAUGUGGAUAAUAUAAGUGCACAAAUAUUUCCAGCAGUGGCAGCAACAAUAUACGGAGACAAAUCUUUUAUCCUCAGGUGUAGUUUUUUAGGUUAUCAAGACACUUUAUUUGAUGCUUAUGGACGUCAUUACUAUAAAGAUUGUUACAUUCAAGGUGAAGUGGACUUUAUUUUUGGUGGUGGACAAGCUUAUUUCGAGAAUUGUUUGCUCAAUGCUACAGGGAGAAAUAAAGAUUUACCAGGUUUUGUCACAGCUCAAGGAAGAAAAUUUUCUAAUAGCUCAAGUGGUUUUGUAUUUGAAGGCGGUUCCCUAGUGGGAAAUGGUAAAGUGAACUUAGGAAGAGCAUGGAAAGCUUACUCUAGAGUUAUUUUUCACAAAACAAACUUUUCUUCUGUGGUAUCUCCUGAAGGAUGGAAUUCUUUUGGUCGUACUGGUCAAGAGAUCAGUAAGAUUACUUAUGCUGAAGUAGACUGUAAAGGACCAGGGGCUGAUACUUCAAAGCGUGUUCCAUGGAUCAAAAAGUUGAGUCCUUCACAGUUAGAAGAAUUUUCUUUAGCAUCUUUUAUCAACAAAGAUAGUUGGCUCGACAAUUUACCAACUAUCUCCUAGUAAUUCAUUUUUCUAAUUUCGAUUAAGAAUUUUUGUAUGGCUAAGUUUAGUUGAAUGAUCUCCAAUUAUUAAUCUUUGUAUGCUCAAAUAAAAAAUGAAGCAGUUUGCCAU